ACAAUUUUUUGUAUUUCUACAGUACUGUAGCGAACUGUUGUCGUCUAUAGUGAGAGACGUCAAGACCUCAAGAGAUUUCAACGGCCUUACUAAGAGUGAGCAACCACUCAGCAUUCAACAUGGAGUGAUUGUUUAUGCUUUGAAAGUUCAUGGAAGUGUUUAGAACUAGGGUUUCUUGUGAUGAACUGAAAUAUGGAAUACUGGAAUAAUUCCUAGCCUGAGUUAGUGACGUAGAAAAAUUACUGACAAAACGAUAAAAGACCAUGUAAUGUGGUUAGGACUCCAGGUCGAGCCGUCCACCAGACUUAAAGUCAGGUCAAUCUAUCAUCUGUGAGAAUACAACCUCUAGCCUCCCUCCCGACGUCGCUUGCUUCGUGUUUUACUAAACUACUCUUUGAAUCUUCUGCUUUAUCUUUCUUCUGUCAAGUCCAACUGCCAUACUACGCCCUCCAUCAUUUAUCACCAGACUUCACUGAUCAAGCUGCACCUCCUGAUCCUUACCUUGACAUGACCACAAGCGCCAGCUGCGGAUCAUCAUAUGACUAAGACUCGCGUCAGGAAACACUUGCCCUGUUUCCUGACAAACGUUACCUAACUUAACCUUAACAUGAUUAUAACUUAAUUCAUUUUUCUGAAUUCUCACUCAGAUAUUAUCUGUUUUUCACUGUCCUAGACUACUUUUCCUGGAUUUAUCUGGUUCUUCAAAGCUUUACCUAUUGAAUACUGUCGCUGACUUAUAAAUCUUUACAUACGCACAUGUUGCCAGUGAUAUAUCUAGAUUCAUUAUCAUAUCUGUGACCUUUUAUCAAUACUUUAGCAAGAGUUCUCACUCUCGAUUUUCUCAGGUCGUUCCCUCCUUCUCCUCUUUGCCCUCAGUGCGGUGUAAGGUGGCAUACUCCUCGGCUGUUCCCAGGACCUCUACUUAGGCCCUCCCAUUGCUGUUACUCCCACUCACUGUGUUCUGCCCUUCCCUCCCUCUGUCUUCCUCUGUCUUCCUUCUCCAUCACCUAUGUUGCUGUCCAUCACUCUUCUUUAGUAAUUCAAUGUUGUCAUAUUCAUAUUUGUCUUCUGCUUACGACCUUCGUUAAUAUAUUUAUCUUUCGCAAAUUAUACUGACACUAUUUUUCACCAUCUUCCUCUCCUUCCUUCUACACUUUCAUCAUUCAUUCUACUCGCCCUCCGUGGUUACUUCUCCAUUCCUUUCUUCCUUCCUUUUCCUUCUCAAUCUUUUCACUCGUUCCUCUUGAGCCUCCUCCUCCUCCGCUCUCGUGAAAGAUGCAGCACAACCAGGUGUUUGUGAUUCAAGUUUCUAGCGGCACCAAGCUGCCACUGGCCCUGCCGGCACCCCCUGACACCCUCCUGCCUUCAGAGGUCAAAUACUCGGCUUCAUUGGUCCGCGGACUUGGCUUUGCUCACAUCAUCCUCGGAGCUGUUCUUUUUCUACUUGGCGUUCUUGGUUCUUGGGUGGAGCCUGAGACGUGUUGGUCUGGGGCCGGCGUGUGGUCUGGGAUGUCCACCAUGUGUUGCGGAAUCUCGGGCCUCAUCGCCCACCGUCUCUGGUAUAAGAACUUCACCAUUAAGACCUUCCUGGUGUCAUCAGUGGUGAGCCUCGUCAUCACAGUCUUGGCUGUAAUCCUCACCAUCUAUGCUAUUGUCAAUCGUCAGCAGCACUACUUUCAUCUACUCGAGCAGGCAGAGAACAACCCAUGGUUCCAGCCCUACGACUUGGACAGAGAGCACCGCUUGACGUUGAGUGUGAGCGCCAACCAGCUGGUGGGGUUCACCUUGGAACUAGUGCUGUCACUUUGGUCCACCAAGGUUGGCUGGAGAGGAGUUCAUGCCCCAGAGUUCAGCGCCGCCAGAAGGGAAGCCAUGGCUGAUGACUGUCACAGCGUAGCAUCCCUGCCUCACCCAGGCCAGCAGGUACCUCUCGCUGCUAUCUACCAGCUACUUCAGGCUCACCCAGAACUGCUUGGAAGCAAAACUUUGGGAGGUGGUCUUGGAACACAAUGGUCAACAGGGUUAGACGACCGCCCACCCUACAAUUCAAUGGAUUAUCAGGAGCGAGUCAGUCGGUUUUUAUCCCAUGCAAUAGAAGACCAGAAUACAUCCUUCAGCAGAUCACCCUCGACACUUCGGAGGGAGACUCGGCGAGCACCUUCUCCAAUAACAUCGUCUCCUACAGCAUCUUGCACUGUCUCAGGUAGUGGUGGUAGAGGCAGCCCAGCUGAAACUGUUAUCAUGCUUGCUGGGAGUCCAGGACAAAAACAUAAUUUAAGUAUAAAGGACAACUUCGUCAAUGAAAAUAAGCAUAGGAACAAUAAAGCUCAGAGAAUGGAACAUAAACCUAAUAGUGAGCACAAGGUUAAAGCACCGGCACCAAAGAUUAAAAUAAAAGAGAGUGAAAAAUCAGUAGAAAACAAUAAGCUUCAGGUAACACAAAUUACUAAGGUUAUCAAUUCCAGUGGUGGUGAAAAUAAAAUAAAUGUAGAAAACAAAAAAAUAUCAGAUGCAGAUAUAAUAAAGAGCAAAGAUGAAGCGAAAGAUAGAGCAGCCAAAGAACAAGAGGUGCAUGUAAAUUCAAAACAAUUCCCUGAACCUAAUGUGAGUAAAACAAAUGCUGAAGACCAUAAAACAUAUAAAAAUACAGAGGAAUGCAAAAUAGUCGAAGAAGAUGAAGUGACGGAAACAUCAAUAAAAGAGGAAAAUGCAAAACAAGAAAACAAAAUUGAAGACAAACUUGCCAGAGCUGUAGAUACCGCUGAAGAAAAUAAAAGUUGUGUGAAAACAGAAAAAGAUGUGAUUAUCGAAAGAAGUGAGUCAUCUAAAAGUAUAAAUGACAAAAUUAGUAAAUGUGAUGAUGUUAGUACUGUAGACCACUCAGAAAUAGUUGCUUAUAUACAACCUCCAUGUCAGUUUCAAGAUAAAAUAUUUGCUGAACAAGAAAAACAAUGAGUGCUAAAACAGUACUUCAAAUUAUCUAAUUUUGUUUACCUUCUAAUCUAUAUAUGUUUAGGCACAAAAUAUUUACCAUUUCUAGCUUGAGUUUACAUAUAGCUUAGUGCUAUAGAUGCCUGAAAUAUGUAUACUGUAUGUGACUAAACAUCUUAAUAUCAAAAUGUUUUCCCAAUAAAAGCUAUUCUUUAAACAUUUCACUAUGUUUACAGUAUGCAAUUUGGAUCCAGUCUCUGAAUAGGCAACUAAAAUAAAUCAUGGUCACUUCGUCUGACUUUUUUUUUCAACAAAUUGGUCGUCUCCCACCGAGGCAGGGUGACCCAGAAAGAAAGAAAAUUCCCAAAAAGAAAAUACUUUCAUCAUCAUUCAACACUUUCACCACAAUCAUACAUAAUCAGUGAUUUUUUGCAGAGGCACCCAGAUACAACAGUUUAGAGGCAUAUAUAAAGAUAUAUAACAUAUCCCUCCACAUUGCCAAUAUCCCAAACCCCUCCUUUAAAGUGCAGGCAUUGUAUUUCCCAUUUCCAAUACUCAAGUCCGGCUAUAUAAAAAUAACCGGGUUCCCUGAAUCCCUUCACUAAAUAUUACCCUGCUCACACUCUAACAGCUUGUCAGGUCCCAAAAACCAUUCGUCUCCAUUCACUCCUAUCUAACACGCUCACGCACGCUUGCUGGAAGUCCAAGCCCCUCGCGGGGUAGGGGGUCGAGGACGACCCCCUACCCCGCCUUCCUUCCCCUACAGAUUUAUACACUUCCAUGUCAUUCUACUUUGAUCCAUUCUCUCUAAAUGACCAAACCACCUCAGCAACCCCUCUUCAGCCCUCUGACUAAUACUUUUAACUCCACACCUUCUCAAUUUCCACACUCCGAAUUUUCUGCAUAUUUACACCACACAUUGCCCUUAGACGGGACAUAUCCACUGCCUCCAACCGCCUCCUCGCUGCAGCAUUUACAACCCAAGCUUCACACCCAUAUAAGAGAUUUGGUACCACUAUACUCUCAUACAUUCCCUUCUUUGCCUCCAUAAAUAACGUUUUCUUGUCUCCACAUAUACCUUCAACGUACCACUCACUUUUUUUCCUUCAUCAAUUCUAUGGUUAACCUCAGCCUUCAUAAAUCCAUCCGUUGACACAUCAACUCCCAAGUAUCUGAAAACAUUCACUUCUUCCAUACUCCCUCUCCCCAAUGUGAUAUCCAAUUUUUCUUCAUUUAAAUCAUGUGAUACCUUCAUCACCUUACUCUUAUCUAUCUUCACUCUCAACUUUCUACCUUUACACACACUCCCAAACUCGUCCACUAACCUUUGCAACUUUUCUUUAGAAUCUCCCAUAAGCACAGUAUCAUCAGCAAAAAGUAACUGUGUCAACUCCCAUUUUGUAUUUGAUUCCCCAUAAUUUAAUCCCACCCCUCUCCCCAACACCCGUAGCAUUUACUUCUUUUACAACCCCAUCUAUAAAUAUACAUUACACAACCAUAGUGGCAUUACACAUCCCUGUCUAAGACCUACCUUUACCGGGAAGUAAUUUCCCUCUCUUUUAUACACCCUAACCUGAGCCUCACUAUCCUCAUAAAAACUCUUUACAGCAUUUAAUAACUUACUACCUAUUCCAUAUACAUUGUACUUGCAACAUCUGCCACAUUGCUCCCCUAUCCACUCUAUCAUAUGCCUUUUCUAAAUCCAUAAAUGCAAUGAAAACUUCCCUACCUUUAUCUAAAUACUGUUCACAUAUAUGCUUCAAUGUAAACACUUGAUCUACACAUCCCCUACCCACUCUAAAGUCUCCUUACUCUUCCGAAAUCCUACUCUGUCUUACCUCUAAUUCUUUCAAUAAUAACCCUACUAUACACUUUUCCUGGUAUACUCAGUUAACUUAUUCCCCUAUAAUUUUUACAACCUCUUUUGUCUCCCUUCCCUUUAUAUAAAGGAGCUAUACAAGCUCUCUGCCAAUCACUAGGUACCUUCCCCUCUUUCAUACAUUUAUUAAACAAAAAUGCCAACCACUCCAACACUACAUACCCUUUCGCUUUUAACAUUUCUGUCAUGAUCCCGUCAGUUCCAGCUGCUUUACCCCCUUUCAGUCUACGUAAUGCCUCACGUACCUCCCCCACACUCACAUCCUGCUCUUCUUCACUCCUAAAAGAUGUUAUACCUCCCUGACCAGUGCAUGAAAUUACCGCCUCCCUUUCUUUAUCGACAUUUAAAAGUUCCUCAAAAUAUUCCCACCAUCUAUCCAAUACCUCCAGCUCACCAUCUACUAACUCCCCUACUCUGUUUUUAACUGAGAAAUACAUUCGUUCCCUAGGCUUUCUUAACUUGUUUAUCUCACCCAAAAAUUUUUUCUUAUUUUCAUCAAAAUUUCUUGACAGUGCCUCUCCCACUCUAUCAUCUGCUCUCCUUUUGCACUCUCUCACCACUCUCUUCACCUUUCUUUUACUCUCCAUACACUCUGCUCUUCUUAUAACACUUCUGCUUUGUAAAAACCUCUCAUAAUCUUCCUUUUUCUCUUUUAUCACACCCUUUACUUCAU